UGAUGUCAAUAAUUUCGGGAAAGUUUUCAUAUGUUUGUUUAUCGUAAAUUAAUUGUAUUUUUUGUUACAUGAGAUAUAAGACGUAAAUAUACCGUUGUAAUUUGUAUUUGAAUUUUAAAAACAGAUUAUUUUGGUAUGUCUGAUGUCUUGGAGUUGUAGAAUUGGUUAAAUGUAAAUAUGUCAGCAACAAAUUCUUUGGAGAGUGGUGAGGACUUAGAAAAUGUGGCGUUAGUACGUAUGGAAGAUGUACAGCCAGAUAGGAGUGUUGAAGUGACAAUAACGCGUAAUGAAGGUGACGAAAGUAAUGACAAUAGUUGUAGUUCAACCGAAGACGAGGAAUCAAACACUGGAAGUAUUGUGUCUGUUAAAUACGAAGAAGUUGUUGAUUGCACGGAAAACAGUAAUAAUUCUGAGCUGAUUGAAUCUAAUACAGACCCGCUUAAAUUGGAUGAUGAACCUAAAACCAAAGAGUCUGAUCAAUGGCCAACAUUAGAAAUACUGCCAGGUGGAGUUAUAAAGAAUGCUGAUAGAUAUGAAGAUGAUUUAUUUACAUGUCAAUUAGAAGAUGAUAAUAAAAAUGAUGUUGCAAUGUAUGCAUGUGCUAUUUGUUCGGAAAGUUUUGACGAAUUAAUGACACUUAGCCUACAUGUAAGAGAUCAUGAACAAGAAAAGAAAAGAGCAAAUAACAAACUUCGAUAUUUAGAAAACAAAAAAAAUGCUAGCAAAAGAAAAAUAGUAGAUAUUACUUCGGAAAGCAAGGUGCCAAAGAAUGCCUAGCUAAAAAUAUUGUGUGCACUUCAUCUAGUUAGUUAAUAUGGAAAAUGCGUCCGAGACAAGCCUUUAAUACAAUUAAUUCUAUAUAAAGAAACAAAAUUAUUAAUUAUUAGGUAGGGAGAGGGAUGCUGUUAUUGUGGUUAGCUCUGUCAGAAAAAAACAAAAAACUUUUUGGAUUUUGGCAAAGCAACUAAUUUGAAUUCAGUUUUUUUUAUACCACACUAUAUUUUUAAUUCAUUUUAUUGAUUUACUUUUAUAUCCUACAAAUUCUGUUAGAAAUUCAAUAUGGAAAUCGCAUCGCACCAUGCACGGUAUAAUUUUAGAGAUGAUUUUUUUAAACAAAUAUAAGGGAAAAAAUCCAGGAAAAAU